UUUAUAUUUGGUAUCACUAUAGUUUACCUGCACAAGCUGGACGACACUCUAAGGACUGUGCCCUCACCUCUAAACUCACCUCACCGUUUUGGCUACAUCAAUCUCACGCUCUCCUCAUGGACUCUCCUGUGAAGGAAGAACCCCCAUCCGAGGUAUGGGCGCGCUUCGUCAACAAUUGUCUCGCAAUGCGCGUGCGUCCCGAGAGGUUUGAUGCCCUCUCCCAGAAGUUGAUCGUGAAUUCGCCAAUCGAGGGCCGGUUCCUCGCCAAUAUUGUCUUGCGCCCACAAACUCCAGGUUACGAGUUGAUGGAUCCUUUGGUUCUUGGAUACCUCGAAAAGGCUCUUUCCCGUGAUCUGAUCGAUGCUGGCGACAUCCUGCUCUCACUCUUCCGGUGGUCCAAGGAUCGGCCAUAUAACAACGACGAGGACAAGAACUCUGCUGAGGCACAUCGACGGAACCCACCUCGCCUGGAUGAGCUUGUGCUGCAUCACUUGGCGAGGGUGUUUGCCGACUCCCAGCGGCCCAAAAGCCCGCCUGAAGCGCGUCGGACUCUCAUUCUGGUUACGAAGUGGAUGGUUGCCAUGGUCGACCUUCACCAUAAGGACUCGAUGCUGCAAGCGAUGAACGGUGCUGAGCAUACCCAUCGCAUCGUUGCUCGGGACGCCUUGGGCCAGCUUGCAAUCGCGCUCUUGAGCAAUGCCAGAGUGGUUGGGAUCAUGAACAAUAGAAUCUUCCGCAAAGGCGAAAAGAAGAGCCUGGCGCAGGCUGUUUCGACCUUUGUACCAUUUCUGGCACAGAUCUCGAUCAAUACGUCCAGUCGUCUGGCUGAGCUGCAGAAAAGUCAUGACUUAGUCGAAGAGCCUUUGAACGAUAUUGUUGGCGACAAAGAAGCCAAUGACCUUGCUGUCGCGACGAUGCAGCUCCAGUCCGUGGCGGAGUUGCCAGUGAUUAAUUCACGAUCUGGUCUGUUCAUCUUCUUGAACUCUCUGCUUGUUGGACGCCCUCUGACCGAUGACACGACCAUCCUGGUGUAUCUCAGUAAUCGCUACAAGGGAGAUGCUCAAAGAUCAACAGUCGAUCUAAUCACGGCCGCCUUCGAUGUCCUUUCGAACGGCAACAACAGGCACGAGUCGCAGAUUCACAUGUUCAACCUUCGAUCGUUUCUGGUCAACAAAGUUCCAACGAUCAUCGCCACCCUCUCGCACUCGAUGUUUCCACCUCUGACACCUGAGUUCUGCAUCACACAAGCUCUGGCACACAUUGAUCCAAACUCAUUCCCUUCACUCGCACAUGCGAGCUUCGAUGUUGCCGCUGGCGACAAUCCUCUGAUGGACGUUCGACAAGACUUUCUCUUUGCCUGCGCUUUACAUCGGCUCCUACCGGUUGAAAGUAUUGAGCGACUGUUGGGUGAGCAGCCAAUGUCUGAUCUGCCCUCCGGUGGAGCAUACACGAAAGGGGCCUUGGUCUCCCAGUGUUCGGCCAACCCGGAGCGAGUGGAGGAGCUACUGAACGAGAUCGAACGGAUGGACGGCAACGUAGGAGCUAUUGCGAUUGCAAUUACUGAGGUCGUUCGAAAUCUUUGCGCUUCCAAGGAAACCAUGUCACUCAAAGCAGUCUGUAACGGACUGUCGCGGCGGCCAAAGGCUCUUGACAUCAUCCUGCAAUACACAUCACCGACCAGUAUCCUGCAGCCUCUUUGCCAUAUGUUGGACGCUUGGAGACACGAGGAAGACCAAGGGGAGUACCAGCCAGUAUUUGACGAGUUUGGUGCCAUACUAUUACUGGUCCUCGCGUUCGUACAUCGCUUUGACUUGACUGCCCAGGAGCUGGGCCUCAAUAAUGACUCUUUUGUCGCACAGCUGCUACAGCGCGGACACAUCAGCAUAAAGCAACGCGACUUGACCCCGGAGCAAGGCAAACACCUGGCGGGUUGGGUCAACGACCUUUUCGGAAAGGAUGGAGUAGAUCAGGUGUUGAGGACUUGUGGUCCGCAGGAAUUCUAUCAGCUUGUUCCAACAUUUUUCAGCCAGACAAUGAUGGCGUGCGCCGCAGACGUGCUGCCGUUGAAGACGGUGGAAUCUGGACUUGAAUACUUGCUUGAGACGUUUCUUCUGCCUUCAUUAGUCGGUGCGUUGAGGUGGAUGGCAGCUCGCGCACUUCAAAAACCUGGAAAAGAGAUCGUAGUCCUGAUCCAGGUCUUCAACAAGCUCAUGAGACCAUCCUCGAUAUCGGGCGAUGCACAGGCAAUGCACAACACCAUCUUGUCCAUCGUCUCGAAACAAUUGCAGGCAUGUUUCCAAGUCCUCCGGAAACACAAGCAGCUCGCCAAAGAAAUCGAACCGCUUAUUGAACGGCUCAAGCCACAUCUGAAGUACGAGCGAACGGCAUACAGCUCCGUCAGUGAAAUUGAGACGUGGACCUCACAUUCCAGCACACUUUGCCAGGUGAUACGUGGCAAUAUACAACAACUUAUUUCCUGGGCUACGAACGCGACCCGGGUUCUUGUCAGCCCUCCGCCCUACCCUGCGCGUCUUCUACACGUCGCCGAAAGAAUCCUCGGGCCGAGCAAAGUCCUGCGCGCCAUCAUCGACGAGGUCAGAGCCCAGACGGACACCGGUCAUGGGGAGUAUGCGCUUGAUAUUGGGGUCUCGAUGAUCUGCGCAGUCUCGACCGACAACAGCCCGCUGUCUGUAGACUGGCUCACGUCGCCGGUACCGUCACCACAUGUCCCUCGCACACGACCAAACCUGCGCGACAUGCUGAAGGUGGAGCUCGAUGAAGCGGCGGAUCUGAUAGCUAGCGAUCCACUUACAGCGGAAACGAUUGUGCGCUUGCAUCGGCGUGUCGAGGCACAGCUGGCUGUGUCCGCCUUACCGGAUCUCUCUACCACGGUGAUUAUACAGGACAUGCAUAUCGAUGUAGACGUCCCAUCCGACAGCAACAACGCACAGCAGAAUGGCAUGGACUCUAUCAACUUGGGUGGCAGCACAGACGACAUGAUGUCCGGCUUGGGCGAUCUCGGUGGCGAUACUGGCGAUGCGACAAACCAUGGUGGAGACUUGGAUCUGGGAGAUCUUGGAGAUAUGGACAAUCUAGGGGAUAUUGGAGACAUGGGAAAUAUGGACAUGGAUGAGAUGUUCCCGGAUUACUUUUGAGGGGCGGGCAUAUAUAUCAUCGCAAGCUUGUAGAUGGAUCUCUGGUCAGGUUACUAUUACAAGAGAUAUAACACAAUAUUACAGUAUAUCAAUGGUAAAGAAAUGGAA